CCCGGAGCGUUCCCGGUGCCCGUGCCCGGCUGCGGGACCCGCCCGGCCCCGGGGCAGCCGCCAGUGCUCGGGGGCCCUGGUGCGAUCCUGGCAGGAGCCUGCGAGCCCCGGGAGGCGGAGCGAGGGGCAGGGGGAGCCCGGCGCAUCCCUGCGCACCUCCGGCCAGGUCAGCGGCGCUGCCCGCAGCGCCCAGCCCCGCACGCCCGGACCCUGCUGAGCCCGGCCCUGCGAGAGGCUGCGGGAUGGCCGAGGGGGAGAUCACCACCUUCACGGCGCUGACGGAAAGGUUCAACCUGCCCGCGGGCAGCUACAAGAAACCCAAACUGCUCUACUGCAGCAACGGGGGACACUUCCUGCGCAUCCUCCCCGACGGCACCGUGGAUGGCACCCGGGACCGCAGCGACCAGCACAUUCAGCUGCAGCUGAGUGCAGAGAGCGUGGGGGUGGUGCACAUCAAGAGCACCCAGUCGGGGCAGUACCUGGCCAUGGACCCCAACGGGCUGCUCUACGGCUCCUUACUGGGUGAGGAGUGUCUGUUCCUGGAAAGGCUCGAAGAAAACCAUUACAACACCUACGUCUCCAAAAUGCACGCGGACAAGAACUGGUUUGUGGGGCUGAAGAAGAACGGGAACAGCAAGCUGGGCCCGCGGACACACUACGGCCAGAAGGCGAUCCUGUUCCUGCCACUGCCCGUCUCAGCCGACUGAGGCCCGGCCCCAAAGCUCAGACAGGACCCCAGAUCCCAAAACCCAGCUGCUGCUGCCUCCCUAGAGCUCACCAGAGCUCCGAGCUUUAGGUCAAGGCUUUGCCCAAUCCAGCCAAAGCAGAGCCCCUUUGCUCUGCACAAAACUUUGCAGAGAUGAGGGGACAAGCCCUGAUACCUUCCCAAGGUCCAUGGGGUGGCAUCUCCCCCUGCCCUCAGCCCGUGUGUGCCCGUGUGUGCCAUGACCUUCAGGUGUGUGUCUGUGUGUGCCAUGACCCUCAACCAUGUCCCAUGACCCUCAGCCAUGUGUCUGUGUGUGCCAUGACCCUCAGCUGUGUGUGCCAUGACCCUCAGCCAUGUAUCUGUGUGUGCCACGACCCUCAGCUGUGUAUCUGUGUGUGCCAUGACCCUCAGCUGUGUGUGCCAUGACCCUCAGCCAUGUAUCUGUGUGUGCCAUGACCCUCAGCCGUGUAUCUGUGUGUGCCAUGACCCUCAGCCGUGUAUCUGUGUGUGCCAUGACCCUCAGCCAUGUAUCUGUGUGUGCCAUGACCCUCAGCUGUGUGUCUGUGUGUGCCAUGGCCCUCAGCUGUGUGUCUGUGUGUGCCAUGGCCCUCAGCCGUGUGCCCACGUGUGCCAUGACCGCACUGCAGCUCCCAGGCCCUGCCCUGGGCAGGCACCCAGGAAUGUGCCCCAGGGCCAGGCGGGUUCCCAGAGAAGCUGCACACUUUGUGUCCCCAGGCAUUCUAAGGCAAAGCCUCCCUGGAUGCUGUGUGUUUAUACAUUUACCCAUGCAGGUGUGCAGCUUCUGACGUACCCUCGGGCGAUUCCAGAUUGCACCAUCAGUCCCCUUAGCCAGGGCCAGCCUGGGAAGUGCCAGCUGGGCGUGUUAAGCUGAACUAGGCAAAGCUCCAGCCUCAGACCUUGGCCUCCCUCGCAACAUCAAUAGUGUGUAUUUCGUGCUAGUACCUGCCAUGUGUUAUUUGUAUUUAUUUAUUAAGUAAAUAUAUCUCUUCUA